CUACACAGCAACACGUGAUAUCAAACCGCGUUAUCUCUCCUAUUCCUAUUGAGUGCACGAACGGGCAUUGGUACAAUUGCACGUCCCCAGGCCGUUGCAGAAGUCAAUCCCUAGGCCCGUCCGCCUCCCCAGAUCUCCGCAUCUUAGCUGGACUUAGAACACCUCACCCCGCAACGGCCGGAGUCAUUGACGUGGAUUCCUCGACGGAGGAGGAGUCGAAGGAGAGGCCUGCAGCCAAUGAUGUAGAAGCAGUUAUGAGACAUCUCCUCGACGCUCACCAUGCCGGCCAUCAACCGGACAUUCAACCUCUCUUCCACCAGACUCCCUAGACCGCUGCUUAUCCGCCUCAGUCGCCACUCUCUUACCACCACAUCCCCCCUAUCCCGAGAUUCCCAAUCCCACCGUUCAGACUUCCAGGCUCAGGGAGCUGGUUUCUCAUCUACCUAUGAGCCAGGGCGCCCUACAGAGGGGCCUCUAGCCCAAGCUUCCAAACAUGGAGCACCGCGUCUUACUCCUUCGUUGCUGAAAGAGCAUCUAGAUAAAUUUGUCGUCGGUCAAGACAAAGCAAAGAAAGUCACCAGCGUAGCAAUCUACAACCACUACCAACGGAUCCGGGAACUGCGUCGUCAAGAAGCAGAAGAGCAAGCUGCUCGAGAGCAGCAGGCAAGAUGGGAACUGGGGGAACGAGAGCGGGUGUCCCACCCCGUUGAAAAUGAAUACCCCGGCCACGUCGAGACUGUAGAUCUCAACGCCUCCAUUCGUCCCUCAGACCCAGAACCAGAACUCGGUUCCAAACCACUGGAAGAUGAUCCCAGAACGAUUAUUGAGAAAUCCAACCUCCUUCUCCUUGGUCCCUCCGGCGUAGGAAAAACCUACAUCCUUUCCACUUUAGCCAGAGUCCUGGAAGUGCCAUUCGCAACCGUAGACUGCUCAGCUCUCACUCAAGCAGGCUACAUCGGUACCGACAUCGAGUCCGCCAUUGAACGCUUGUUACUUGCCUCCUCGCACAGCAUCUCGAAAUGCGAGACCGGAAUCAUCUUCUUCGAUGAAGUAGAUAAACUUGCAAAACCAGCUGUAAUGACACACGGCCGCGAUGUGUCUGGAGAAGGCGUGCAGCAAGGUCUACUGAAAAUGAUCGAAGGGACGACCGUAACGGUAAAUACCAAGUCUGACCGUUCUUCCAAGUCCGAAUCCACGGGUCGAGGAUCUGAUCGUAUGGAGCGCAGCGGAAGAGACGGCGGCAUAGGGCAGCAGCCAGGCAAGAGCGAGCAAUACACAAUCGACACAAGCAACAUCCUGUUCGUGUUCGCCGGCGCCUUCGUCGGGCUCGAGAAGAUAAUCUCUUCCCGCCUCUCCUCCGGCUCUUCAAUAGGCUUCGGCGCACAGCUCAAGAGCUCCCCGCCGCCACCCCUUAUCGGAUGGACAGCCAUCCCACCUCGCUCUGCCUCCUCCCCCUCUUCCCAAGCCCCCUCACAGUACGCAGCUACGCCAGCAAACACACUCGACCACGUAACACCCACCGACCUGCAAACCUACGGCCUCAUCCCCGAACUCCUCGGCCGCAUCCCCAUCCUCGUCUCGCUCUCCCCGCUAACUCUGCCCCAUCUCGUCUCAAUCCUCACCGAGCCCCGCAACUCCCUCGUCAAGCAAUUCAUCGCUCUAUUCUCCACCUACAACAUCGAGUUGAAAUUCUCGACGGGAGCUCUACACGCCAUUGCUGAGCGAGCCCUUGCUCCUGCGACUGGAAGUGGAAGUGCAGGUGGGAAAGGAGGCGAGAGGGGAGUAAGUGCUGGUAUCGGUGCCAGAGGGCUGAGGAGUAUCAUGGAAAGCGUGUUAGGAGAAAUCAUGUUCUGGGGGCCGGGGAGCGCGAUCCGGUUCUGUCUUGUAGAUGAGAAGUUCGUUCGAGACCAACACAGUCACGCUCAUCAUCUUGAUCACCAGGGAGGGAGUGGGAAGUCCCUGAUGCCGAGAUGCUGGAGCAGAGGGCAAGGACGCAUGUUUGAAGAGGCGUUUGAGAAGGAGGAAGAGGCGUGGAAGGCGAGGGAGGAGGAGAGGGGUAGGAAGGAGAGAGGGGAGGUGGUGGGCAGUGAGGCGGAUGGGAGUUUUGAGCGGCUGAGGAGUGUAGGUGGUAGUGGGAUGUGAUGACCUUACGAGUAUAUGAGCUUGCCACAAGCCUCCCAGCUUUUGAGAUGGAUGGUUAGGGUUGGGAAAUGAGGAAUUUGGCGUUCGGCAUUAGGAUCUGGAUGUCAUGAAUGAGGGGAUUGUAAAUAUGAUGAGAUGGUUGGUGCAUAUAAUGAGCUGCACAAUCAACAUCACACCACAUCCAAGCCUCUUGAUUUUCAAAUCUCGAAUCCAUUCUCUAACAAGCGUGUAGCAUAAAAGGCAGAUCUUUGUACAGUUCUCCCCUUCUCCCCAUCCCAUCCACUACCACCACUCACUUUUCAAUUCCCCUCCCUUAUCCAUUCAACAGCAGACUUUUCUCCCUCUCAUCAAUCACAUAUGCACAGCCCACUCUCUAAGAACAAAAGAAAUUGUGUCGGUGGAACAAGAAAGAAGGUACUAGAGAGGGGGAGUUUACGCCUUUUUCGGCGCGCUCUGUACCAUUCCCUUGCCCUUGUACCCUUCGGACGAGAUGCCGG